AUGGCUUUGAUCAGAUUUGAUAAAACUGAUCUUCUCAGGGUUCAAACUCCGCAUAAAGACCCAUUGGUGAUUAGCUUGAUGGUGUCAAACUGCUUGGUUAAGAGAGUUUUAGUGGACCCAGGCAGCAGCACCAACAUCAUAAUGAAGGUGGCGUUCGAACAAUUGAUGGUUGGUUUUGAUGGAAAGCGAGUAGAACCCAUUGGAGUAGUUGAGCUGCCAGUGUGUGCCACGCGAAGGAACUUAAAGGAGAAUUUUGUCAUAGUGGACGUUCACCUUUUUUAUAACCUCCUGAUGGGGAGGAGGUCGAUCCACCGAGUCCAAGGUGUCCUGUCUACCUUACACCAGGUCAUGAGGUGCCUAAGCCCAGAUGGGAACGAGGUAAUUGAAAUCCACGGUGACCAAGUAGUAGCAAAUGAAUGCUAUGCGGUGACGCGUAAGGUUAGUGGAAAGGCCAAUACGAUAGCCUAUCUUGCGAGCCCAAAAUAG